AUGUCUGAGGCACAGGAAUCUCAGUGCAGUCAACAUCGUAAAUCAGUCGAUGCCCUUCAACUGGGUCCCAGGAAAAGACUGAGCGCAACUGACCCGUUGGUACACUAUGGCCGUCAUUCUGGGCAAACAAUCCACGCUCUCUGCAACUUUCAAGCCCUUCUUACAAAUGGAAUUUUACGGAUGGGAGAAUUGGCCGAGAUUCCAGAGGAAAACUUUACUGCAGAGGAACGGCGCGAGCAUCAUAUCUUUCAAGAGCUCCUCAAAUCUGUGGCAGGGCUGGAAGAGCGCCUGUUGCAAGGUGGAGAUGAUGAAGUUGAUGCUGUCGCUGAGUUGUUCACCAAAGGUGCAUCUGGAGCAAGGGGUGACAAUACUAAGAGCCUCAAAGGCAGUGUCCUCAACUGGAUUACUCCUAAGGGGCAGAGUCUUGUUCCUCCUCUUGCUCACAACAUGAAAAUCGAUUGUGGUUUCCAUCAUGAACGGACAGGUGCCUUGCUUUGUCCAGCUGGCCUCGACUGGUCUAAUGCAGAGACAAAAACUAAGCUACAAAAUGGCGAGAUUAUCGUGACCGGAGAUCAGUGGCCAUUGUUUCUGUAUGCUGACUACCAUUACGACCCUGAGGAUCCAUGGAAUGGUCUGUUACGAAGUGCCUUAUUAUCACAGGCAUAUAAACACGUUUUCACGUUAACCUCAUCUCCUGUGUUCUCACAUACGGACAUGGUCACUGACUCGGAAAGGUUCUACAACUCCAUUUUGGAGGUGUUCGAAGACCUGGAUGAGAAACAAGAGGUAGAUGACCUAGUUGUCUGGUGGAAUAGGUGA